UGAGCCACCUCUAUGGAUUUGGACUGAUGGAUGCUGAAGCAAUGGUGAUAGAAGCAGAAAAGUGGACAACGGUCCCUCCACAGCACGUGUGUGUGGAGAACACGGAUCGGCAAAUCAAAACUAUACGGCCUGACAGUGUUGUACGUUCUAUUUACAAAGCCACCGGCUGUUCAGAUAAUUCCAACCACCACGUGAUCUACUUGGAGCAUGUGGUUGUACGCAUCACUAUUACUCAUCCUCGACGUGGAGACUUGUCAAUUUACCUAACCUCUCCUUCUGGAACUAGGUCACAGCUCUUGGCCAACAGGUUAUUUGAUCAUUCAAUGGAAGGAUUUAAAAACUGGGAGUUUAUGACUACUCACUCGUGGAGUGAAAAAGCAGCAGGUGACUGGAUCUUGGAAAUCUGUGACACUCCAUCUCAGCUGAGAAAUUUCAAGACUCCAG